AUGCUGCCUCACCAGAGACGCAAGGAACCUGCAGACACCCCCAGGCUGAGCUCCGCACGGGAAUCGCAUGGGUCCAGCAAGAGCAGCGGGGAGCGGGGGCAGGUUCGGAUUCGGGCGGUACCCGUGGGGCAAUCCUGGUCCAGGAGGAUCCAUGCGGAAGCGGCAGGCGCACCCGGCGCGCGCGAGCGCGCAGCCAUGGAUGCGAGCGGGAGGCAGCACGAUGCAAACGGCUCCCCGGGGAGCAAAGCGGAGCGGGACAAGGACAACGAGAGCGCGGGGGCUCGCGAGCUGCAGCUCCCGCGGGGAGAGCUCCAUGGUUUUGCGACAGCAACAGCAUCGCCGCUCAUUCUGAGAUCCACGAUCCUGCAGGAGAGCAAGUCUCUGCUGAGGUGCCGGGCCGUGUCAGACCAGGCGGUGGCAGAAGCGCUGUGCUCUAUCAUGCUCCUGGAGGACAGUUCUCCGCGCCAGGCCCUGGCUGACUUCCUUCUGGCCAGGAAAUCUGCUAUCCAGCAGCUCCUCAACCAGCCACAUCACGGCGCGGGGAUAAAAGCGCAGGUGUGUUCCCUGAUGGAGCUGCUGACGACCACGCUGUACCAGGCUCAUGCCCUCUUUUACACGAUGCCCGACGGGGCACCCUCGGACCCAGCCCUGCCUUGCGGCUUGCUCUUCUCCACGCUGGAGAGUGCCACGGGCCAACAGGCAGCAGGGGGAGGCGGGGUGCUGGAGGACGAGGUGAAGCUGAGCAGCUGGUUCCGCUACCUCCCCGCGUCCGUGGUGGAAUUCCAGCCGGCGCUGCGGACGCUGGCCCACCCCAUCAGCCAGGAGCACCUCCGGGACACGCUGCAGCAGUGGAUCGCCCUGUGCAACGACGACAUCAAGGCCGGGGUCACCAACCUGCUGGUCUACGUGAAGAGCCUGAAAGGGCUCGCCGGGAUCCGCGAUGCCGUGUGGGAGCUGCUCACGAGCGAGGCCGUGAGCCAGCACUGGGACACCGUGUGCCGGCGCCUGCUGGACAAACCGGCCUCCUUCUGGGAGGAUUUGCUGCAGCAGCUCUUUCUGGACAGGCUGCAGACACUGACUAAAGAAGGAUUUGACUCCAUUUCAAGCAGCUCCAAGCAGCUUCUCAUCUCAGCGCUGCAGGAACUCGAAAGCAAGCCCGGCAGCUCUGUCCCCAGCAAGCACAUCCAGUUUGAGCACAACGUGGCACUGUUCCUGUGGUCGGAGAGCUCCAGCGACCUGCCCGCCGACGCCGCGUGGGUCAGCGUGGCCAACCGCAGCCAGUUCUCCCAGAGCGGCCUNUCCAGGAAUGCGCAGGCGCUCACCCCGUGCGUGCAGAGCUUCUGCGCCGCCCUCGACUCCCAGCUGAAGGCCAAGCUGGACGACCUCCUCUCCUACCUCCCCGCGGACUCCUCGGCGGCCAAGGAGGCGGCCCGCACGGCGCCGUCCCGCUCUGCUUUCGACCGCUACGCCGACGCGGGCACUGUGGAGGGGCUGCUGCGCGAGCACUGCGUCGCCUGCGUGCGCCACGUGCUGGGCUGCGUGCGCCGGGAGCUGCAGCGCGCCGAGGCGCCGCUCAGCGCCGUCCUCUUCCUGGCCAGGCUCUGCCAGUCCCUGAGCCAGCUGUGCCCGCACCUCAAGCACUGCAUCCUGGGCCACUCGGGCAGCGCGGAGGCAGCGCCCAGGGAAACCCGCUCCACCAAGAAGCUGGGCAAGGGGAAAGCCCAGGAAAUGAGCCCCGAGCAGGCCAAGUGGCAGGAGGGGAAGGCAGAGCUCCUGCAGCAGAGCCUCUUUGCUUAUCAGCUCUGGAGCUCGGCCGUCACCAAGGCCCUGGUUCAGUGCUUCGCCCGCACGUUGCUGUUAGACUCAGCAGGCUCCAUCUUGGCCACAGCCACCAACUGGGAUGAAAUCGAAAUCCAGGAGGAGAGCGAGUCUGGGAACAGCGUAACGUCAAAGAUCCGGCUGCCUGCGCAGCCAUCCUGGUACGUUCAGUGCUUCCUCUUCAGUCUGUGCCAAGAGGUGAACCGUGUUGGAGGUCACACUCUUCCCAAAGUCACCUUGCAGGAGCUGCUCAAGAGCUGCAUGACAGAACUGCUUGCUGCCUAUGGAAAGCUUAUGGAAGAGAAGCAGGAGAAGAAGGAAGGCUCCUUCCCCAUGACCCAGAACAGAGCUCUGCAGUUGCUCUAUGAUCUGCGGUACCUGAGUAUUAUCCUGACGGCCAAGAGCGAGGAGGCGAAAGGCAGCAGGACCAAGCACGACUCCGGGCUCGAGAAGGUGAUUGACUUCCUGGAGGGCCACAUCGAUCCAUUCGACUUGGAUGUUUUCACUCCGCACUUAAACAGCAACCUUAACCGCCUGGUUCAACGCACCUCUGUUCUCUUCGGCCUGUUGACUGGGACAGAGACCCACUACACGAGCAGGAGCAGCGCCCUGAGCACCCAGGAGCUCCACAACAUCCUGCCCUUGGCCUCCAGCCAGAUCAGGUUUGGACUUCUGCCACUGAGCAUGUCCAGCUCUCACAAGACGAAAUCUGCUAGCAGAAACACAGAAAGAGUUCAGGUUCCACCUCCUGCGCUCCCAAGAGCGGAAGAUGAGACGUUCCGUCCCGGCUCUUUGUUCAGGCAGCUUGUAGUCGAGGAAGAUGACACAGCUGCCCCUUCCCUCUUCAAGCUGGGAUGGCUUUCAGGCAUGACCAAGUGAUUCCAUUAAAAAAUAGAAUUAA